CAUCCCACAAGCAUUGAUCGAAUAAUGAGUUUUAACAACGCAUCAUGGAUUACGGCUUGCCUGUCCGCUAUGGCAUGCACUUUGGGCUUUGUCCCUUGGAAUUAUAAACAUUCCAUCGUAACAAGAGUUGGUUAUGCUAUCAUCUUUUUCAUUAAUUCGACGCUCGCAUGGUUAAUGAUGUCCCAUUGGGCUCUCAAAAAAUUAGAUAAAGAUGCAUAUCAUUAUUUAAAGAUGAAUUGCCCAGAGGGUGAUUGUUAUGGGGUGCUCGCGGUCCAUCGAAUUUGUUUCUCCCUUUCACUUUUUCAUUUCAUUUUGGGACGUUUGGUUCAAGGUGUUAAGGAUAAUCGCAAUAAAUGGGCUGCUGUUCAUUAUGGUUGGUGGGGAUCAAAAAUCUUAUUAUGGAUAUUUCUCCUUGUAUCUUCUUUCUUUUUACCAAAUGAACUAUUCAUACUUUGGGGCAGUCUGGUUUCCGUAAUUGGCGCUGUUUGUUUCAUCUUAUUUAGUUUGAUUCUUUUGGUUAAUUUUGCACAUACAUGGAGUGAAAAUUGUGCCGAAAAGAUUGAAUCAUCUGAAAGUAAUAAAUGGAAAUAUCUUCAGUUCUGUUCGACCUUCAUAAUGUUUGUUGGCGCGUUCAUCUUUACCGGCAUUAUGCUAGAAUAUUUUGCAGGUUCUGGCUGUCAUUCAAACCAGUUUAUCAUAAUAUGCAACAUUGUCCUAUCUUUUAUUGCAACCCUUCUUUCUAUUCAUCCGGCUAUAAAAAAAGCGAACCCCAAUUCGGGACUUUCACAAGCUUCAAUGGUGAUAUUUUAUUGUACAUAUCUUAUAAUGAGCGCCAUAGUGAAUGAACCAUUUGAAAGUCAUAUGUGUAAUCCGUUAGCAAGUAGUCAUCGAGCCCGUAAAGCUACCAUCGCCACUGGGGCGAUGUUUACAUUUUUCGCUAUUGCAUAUUCAACAUUCAGAACCGCUUGCCAAGGAAAUGAAUUGAUAUAUGAACCUUAUCAUUUUAAUAAUGAUUCCCCUGUAGAAGAUAAGCUCGUAGUUCAACAAAAUGAAAAAAACAAUCCAUAUUAUUAUGAAAAGAUGUCCAUGAAUGAGAAAUGCUGUGAAUCGGCUACUUCUACGCAUGAUAAUAAUGAAAACUUCAAAGUUGCAUAUAAUUACGAAUUUUUUCAUUUCGUAUUUGCUAUUGCUACAAUGUAUGUUUCAAUGCUAUUAACAUACUGGAAUACAAUUUCCAUGACAGGAAAAGAAAAAUUGGUAACAGUAGGUCAUAGUCAUACACUCGUAUGGGUUAAAGUGAUAUCAAGUUGGUUAUGUUUCUUGAUUUAUUUUUGGACUCUUUUCGCUCCUAUUCUUAUGCCACAUAGAUUUUCGGUAAAUUCUUGA